AUGGUCACCAUCAGCCAGGUACCCUUCUGCAAGUCCGCCUACCUGGUGAACGCCCAGCGCCUGCUCGACGCCAGUGAUGCGCGUGGCGCCCUGGCCGUGCUUAGAGCCCAAGAAGCGGAAAGCAGCCGCAAGCCCCUGGCGGACGAGUACGUGCGGGCGCGGUGCAUCGAGUCGUGGUGCCACCUGAAGCUUAACGACAAUGCGAGCCUGCGGACCAGCAUCGAUGAAGCCAAGACGCCACUGCGCUACAUGGAGCCGAGUGACGCCAGCCUCCGCCUGCUGGACGCCCUCGACACCGAGAUGAAGAAGCGAACCAACGCUGCCUUGGGCGCGGCCCGCGCCCACCUGCAGAAGGCUGCCAACCUCACCGCGGCCAGCGCGAAGAGGACCUACUACCUCCUGGCGCUGUCCGAACUCUCGAGCGCGGUCGCACUGCAGCCAACCAGCUUUGAGUGCCUGCUAACUCGUGCCGAAGUUAAUCUCGAGUUGGGUAAGAAUCAAGACGCCCUCGAAGACGCCACACGGGCAUUCAGCAGGGAUCCGUCCUCUGGUCAGGCCGCGUUCCUUCUGGGGCGGAGCCACCAGCUCCUGGGCUCUUUUUACGAGGCGAUCGACGCCUUCGCCGCAGCGGAACGACUCUUCGCACAGGGUCAGCAGAAGGCCAAAGCGAAGGAGGCAUCGGCGGCAGCCCACCUCGCACUGGCGAAGAAGGUCCAGACCGAAGUGGCCGGCAGCGGACAGCAGCAGUACCUGCUGGGCAACCUUGCCUUCUCCGUCCCGAGCAGCUGGACGCCCGACGAGAGACCCCUGAUGAAGGCGUUCCUAUCGUCGAACAAGGUGAUGACCCCAUCGGUCUUGGUUCAGCAAAAGGAAGAUGUGUGGAUCCACGGCAUCGAGCAGCUGAUGGACUACGUCAAGUCCGAGUUCCGCCCGGAGACGACGAUCGCCUUCCCGGACUACCGCUUUCUCGACCUGGACGAAUGCAUGGCUGGAAGUAGGGAAGACCUUGGUCUGGUGACCUCGCGGUUCAGGUUCUCGCUGGAGGGACACACCAUCGACGUCAGGACCGCAUGGCUAGUGCUGGGCGCCACCCUCUACACGCUCACCCUGAGCAUUGACAGCCGCUUCGGCGAUGCUGGUUCUGAGCUCUGGACCGCCCUGCUGGCCUCGCUGGUGGCCGACUCCCUCUUGUGA